UCAGGCCCCAGCAGUCGACGAGAGGAGUCACGACGUCUCGCACUCUUCUCUCCCUCCACUUACCAUCUCGAGCCGACUUUGUUGAGUCUUACCCUUCUUAUAGUCACUUCAGAAACCAAUCUUCGCGUUACUUGGCCGGUUGCUGAGUGUGUGUAGGUCGCGAGAUAUCUUAAGAGACAGUGGGAGACGAGGACAGAAGACAGUAAUGGCGAUAGUGAAGACGGUACUGAUUGGCUUGACGGCUGCCAUCAUGACUGUCUUAGUACAUGGGCAGACUGACAGUUUAAUAAGUGCCAACUGCAUGGGGUGCUUAUGCGAGGCGUCCACGAGUUGUAAUGCCACCUCUCCCUGUCACACCCCUCCUGGAGGUGGCUACUUCUGCGGACCGUUCCUCAUCUCCUUCCCCUACUGGACUGACGCUGGCAAGCCCGUUCUGAAAGGCGACGACCCCAAUGUGAAAGGCGCUUUUGAGAACUGUGUCCUCGAUCUUUACUGUGCUGCCAAGACCGUCCGCCAGUACAUGAAAAAGUUUGCAAGCGACUGUAAUGGCGACGGCGUUGUGAGCUGCGUCGACUAUGUGAGGAUUCACAAGCACGGCCAGAACGGAUGCUCUGCCCCGCUUACUGGAAUCUUCGAAAAGCAAUUUGAAGAAUGCCGCGCUCGCCUCGGCGUUAUUUAGGAGGUGCCGGGGUGUCCGCUGACUGUAAUGGGGACGGUGUGGUCAACUGCGUAGACUUCGCUUACAUGCACAUGUUGGGCGGCUUUGGCUGUCACGAUUCUUCCAUGCUUGGCACUGCCUUCUUCAAGAGAUUUGAUAACUGUUGGAAGGUCGUCGAGGCGGCUUCUGUUUAGACUGAAAAUUAAUUUGUCUGGCGCCUUAAAGGCUUCCUAGGCGGCGGGUCUUAUUCGCUUCCGGUUCAUUAUUCAUAGUUAUUCAUCCUCUCAUCUUAGAGAUUAUAUAUGACAAGACUCGGACAAUGUUGGCCCUUGGAAGAAAAGUCCCGGUGAUUAGUUGGCUGCUCCACGUCUCUACAUGGUUUAUAAGGUGCCCUCACGGUCGGGGACAUCGGAGCCUAUUAGGCUUUUCGGGGUCCCCCUAGCCAAUAGGGAAGCUGUCCACGCGGUCACCCAGCUAGUUAUUGUCCACACCAAGCAAUAUUUACCCGUCUGAACGCUUCAUGAAAGCCUCGCCGGAAUUAUUAUAUCAACGCUUAUAAACAACUAAUCACCCAAUUAUUUAUAACGGAGAACUGUGUUCGACAGGAAACAACAAAGGCUCAAAGUGUUAUCACACAGCUGGUGAUGUGCAUAACCAAUAUUAUCAAACUAAACUCCGCUUCCUGCAUGAAAGAUGUGGCUGACAUAUUUCCCUGUUAACCAAACUGGGAGAAUUCGCCACUUGCCAUAAAUUUUGGGUCAACAGAGGUCAACGAGAUAAUUUAUGUAAACCAUCAAACCAUCAAUGUCAACAAUCAUAAUCUCUAGAUUUCUGUUUAUGAAUUAUUAUUGACAGGCACUAGUCUCAUACAAUAAUUUAUUCACAGUCAUAGGAAAACCUUUAUGAUUUUUCCCACAAUGCAUUAGAAAUUGGAAAGGAAAAUUUGUUUAAAAGAAUAAGUUAGUAUUAUAUGAACGUAUAUAAUGUAAUUUCUUAUACGAAAGAACAUCAGUAAUGAUGCCCGGAGUAACUUUAUUUUCGGUGAGGAAAAGUGUCUUUUGGGUCCCAAAGGUCUUUUGGGACCUUUGUUACUUUGUUAUUGACUACGGAGUGAAGGCUUCUUACCUCUAGUCACAUUACUGAGGUUUGAAUCAUACAUUGUUGUUCAAAUAUGCAUAAUUAGAUAACUCCAGUGUCUCUUUUUUAUAACACUAUUAUGUUCUGCCAACUUUUGUUAAUGCAUUUGUGUGUAAAUAAUGUGCAGGUCAUCAUAGAGGAAACAUUCCUAGUACUGUCUGGUGCUUUACUCAAUAAAUCAUAUUGUAAAC